GCCUCCCUUUCAGAUUUCGUUCCAGACUUUUUGGUCCAAUUCGACCGUUGGAUGGUCGGCCACCGUUCCUACUUCCACUCCCACACCAAGAGCAAGAUGUCCGAAGAGCUCAAUCCAUCCGCCACCCACCACAAUGACGGAGCUCAGACAUCCAUAUCCAAACCACCUCCUCCAUGACAUCAGUAAUGGUUCCUACAGUGCCCACACCUUGCGCCGAGGACCCAUGUACUCGACCUACGCGGCGCUGAGAGACCGGAAGCUAAGAAGAACGGGAGCAGAAUCACCGGCUCCUACGUUCACUACACCUACCAAGAUGCCGACGGCUAACUCGUCGCUGACGCGCUCCGUGACCGACUUCUCCAUUGCACGCAGGAAGGAGAACAAGAAGCCCAUGGAGACAUCCAUGACACCGUCGCCCCCGCCGCCGGUGGCACCCAAAGCUGCGAUGAAUAGGAUGGGUAGCGGAUUGGUCGCCGCGAGGAGGAGCUACUCAUGCCUCAAGGAGCUGACGGAGCUGUCCAUUGUGGCAUCGACAGCAAUUCAUGAGGAAGAUAAGCAAGGCAAAGGUGGUAAUGUCAAGAGUUUUCGGGGUCGCACCACCACAUGGAGGGGUUGGUAGCUUACUUGUCCUCGUUCUUUGUGUGCCAAUAUACUUACCGUCCUUCCUAUCAUUGCAUAUAAUGCGGUAGAUAAGAAGUAUGGUUUUGAGUAGUGCCGCGUGGUAGAUUGUGAGCAGAUUGGUUGAGUUCAGAUUGUUUGAUCAUUCCUUGUAAUUCUGCAUUCCUUUUAUGUGAACAUUUUUACUUGCUCUUGUUGCCAUGAAACCAUGUACAGCAACUAUGUGAACUCCGUUAUCCAUUUCUCUA